AUGGCCGGGUUUUAUGCCAAUGAAAGCUGUGACCCAUUUCUGACCCCUUCCGCACGAUGCGUUAUCGGAACUUAUGUACAAUAUUCGGUGCGGGCUGAGUCCGCUUUGGAUGUGCAAAAAACAAUGAACUUCACAACCACACAUCGCAUCCGAUUGGUAGUCCGCAACACCGGUCAUGAUUACCUAGGGAAGUCCACAGGUGCAGGCGCUCUCGCCAUUUGGACCCAUCACCUCAAGGAGAUCCAAUUUUUGGACUACCAUUCCCCUUCUUAUUCAGGAAAGGCGGUCAAGCUUGGUGCUGGGGUGCAAAUGAUUGAAUCUAAUGCAGCGGCACACAAGCAAGGAUUGACCAUUGUCGGCGGAAAUGCGAGAAGUGUGGGAAUCGCUGGUGGCUAUUCUCAGGGAGGGGGUCAUGGGCAGCUCGUCUCACAAUAUGGACUGGCUGCAGACCAGGUCCUGGAGUGGGAAGUUGUGACCGGCUCGGGUGAGCUAUUGAUCGCGACACCACACAAUGAGCAUGCCGAUCUUUGGUGGGCGCUGUCAGGAGGUGGUGGUGGUACGUAUGGGGUGGUCAUUUCAAUGACGAGCAAGGUUCAUCCGGAGCUGCAUACUGCAACUGCCAACUUGACAUUCUCAUCCGUCGGCUCAUCGCAGGAGGCCUUUUAUGGUGCUGUGCAGACUUUUCUGAACUCAACCUUGGGCCAUCUUUUAGACGCCCGCGGGGCUGCCGUUUGGUAUAUCAUAGAUGGCAUCUUUGAGAUGACACCUAUCACUCUACCUGGAGGGAGUAAGCAGAGACUGCAGUCCAUAAUGCGUCCGCUUCUUUCAACCCUCAAGCAAGGCAAUAUCAGCUACACGUAUCAUAUUCAGGAUUUCCCCACCUGGUACUCUAGCUUUCAGGCUAUGAGCCCUGAGGUAAAUGUCACUGAGUACAAUAUGGGUGGCAGAUUCAUUCCACGCAGGGUCAUAGACACCCAAUCAGAGACUCUUGUAGAUCAACUGAAAAGCAUCGCUGAUGCUGGAGCAGUGAUUUCUGGUAUCUCUGUCAAUGCAUCUCUCUUGGAACAGAACCAGUCAUCUCCGUCGAAUGCAGUAAAUCCUACAUGGAGAACUGCGGCGAUCGAUAUUGUGGUUGGAAAAACAUUAAGCCGGACAAAUCAAACUCUUAAUAUCCAGUACCAGAAGGAUAUUACCAAUAUACUUCUCCCGAAACUGGAAAGACUGACGCCCAGGGGUGGGGCGUAUCUAAAUGAGGGAGAUGCGCACCAGCCUGAUUGGAAAUACACUUUCUACAACACAAACUAUGAUCGCCUGUUGCAGGUGAAAAACAAGUAUGACCCGAACAUGAUUUUCUAUGCCACCACUGCUGUCGGGAGUGAUUAUUGGGAGGAAAGUGAAGAUGGAGCAUUAUGUCGAGCGGAGGUUUGA